CGGUCAGUGCGGCGCCCUGUACCAGUGAGCCACUCAGCAGGGAAUCCUGCUGUACUGGUCAGUACGGAGUGCCCUGUAUCGGUCAGCGUGGUUCGUGGGGCUCCCAGUUACCGGUGACUGGUGGUACCUUUAAAGCACUAUUAAUUGUUUGGAUACAGCCCGGGUUGGAUAUGCUGUAUCAGCACCUUCCAUUGUAGCCCAGCUGAUCCAGUGUUGUGACACAAGGGACUGAUUUUAGGCCAAUAGCCCUUAUUUAGUAAGGCGUGGACAUUGCAUUCGAAUCAUGACUACAACAGUGAACAAACUGAGCUGAUAUGGUCCCAUUUAUUGAUGGGCGGACCACUUUAAGGAUUUCAUUAUUUCGAGUUUGUGCCCGAUAGUGGCUCGUAUCGAUGCAAAAUGCAAAUGGUGCACGGGUAGGGGAUUGCCCAUUGGACCUCUGGAGAAUCGUCCUUAGGUGCUGGUGCCGGUCCCUAGGAGCUGCUCACUUACACUACAUGACAGGGUCACUUGGUCAGUGGCUGUCUUUGUUAUAAUUUCAAAGUUUGGUUGCAGAGUUACAUUGUUGUGCAUUUUACGUUAAUAUUUAAGUGUUAGUUUGGGUGUUAGCGGGUUUUGUUGCGUUGUCUUUACUCUGGGUUGUUUUCUACUUUGACUGAGCUUACGGUAUAUUGGCUAGUUCAUCACUGUGUCGUCACGAACUGGCCUGAACGUUCCUUGGCAUACCGGGCGGCGAUUGUGGUCUAGUAGCCCUGCACAGGUGUAACUAUUGGAGCAAUCUGGGAAUGUUUUAUAGGAAGGGUUGGUGAUAGAGGGUGCACAGAACGGGGUUCAGCUAAAGAUAAUGUGAUUUGGUGUACAGCAUCUGAAGUGCUUUGCAUUGGUGAUCGUUUGUUCCGCAUUGGGCAUGAUCCCACGGGCGGACAAGUGUUAAAGGGUUGUUGGGCUGGACCGGUAUCUGACCAGAUUGGGUCAGUUUGGGCUGGGCUGUGAUAGUGGGUUGGUCUCCCGGCAUCACCGAUAGUCCAGCUCUGGGGUUUGUCCCAUCCGAGCUGAAUGCACCACUCUCACUGGCCCCUGCCGGGAGGUGUGUACAAUACACCUGCACACCGCUGUUAGUCUGUGUGUCUGAUGAGGAUAGGAUAGGCUAGCCGUGAGCGGCUGUAUGUACGCCUCUGCGCUGAUAGUGGGGACAGGGUCGGACCCGGCCCGGCCCACCGCGAGUGGUGAGGGACGCCCUAAUCUGACGACUGGCGACGCGUCGAGGCCCGAUUGCUGACCGGGCGGCCCACUGCCGUACAAAGGUCGAGCCUGCGCCCGUCUCCCGGACAGCGUGCCGCAAAUGGGCGGGGAUUGGCACCGCGCCGGCGGGGUGACUCAGGCAGACAGAAACGCAUACACAUUCACACAUACACCAGAUAGGCAGGUAAAUAGACAGACAUAGGAGCACACACCAUUACGUAUGUUCUGCCGGAAACCCGAAUGUACCAGCGACUGCUGCCGGUUAUGUCUGGUUGGUGCCGUACUAACGCAUGGGGAUCUGCUCAGUUGCAGUUGUUGACAGAUGUUGUUGACAGGUGUGGUGACUGGUGAGGUCAGAGCUGUGAGAGUUGUCCCGGAAGGGGGUCACGGAAUCGAAUCGAUGUCGAAUCGAUCGUCAAAACAGGCUGUCGUUUUCGAGCGGCAGACGUCAUCAGCAUCUGCACAGUAGUUGCUUAGCGGUGCGACGCGGCUUUUUCUCUGGGGUAGGCCAUGCAUAUUCCUGCUAAAUGUCCGUCUCUCAGUCAGAUUUGGCUCUAAAUGUGUGGCGCAUGAACGAAAACCGCUAUCAUUGCGGGGUAGGUCCAUACUCCAUAGUCCAUAUAGUGACUUACUUCCUCAAAAACAAACUAUAAAAUAAGAUAAGACAAGUGAUAGAAGUCUAUGAAAAUAAGACGGUCGUUCAGUUGUAGUCGAAUUAUCUUCGGGAAAAUCCGGUCGCUGAGCGUUGAUAAGCUCGUCUCGCAUCGUUUAUCUGGCGUAUCCUAUCAGGGUGUGGUCGAAGUUCGUGUUUGACUGGGAGUGCGAGCCGUUUAUACCAAACUCGAUUGAUCGUAUAACGCUGGUCUUCCCCACAUAACGCUGCGCUGAGUUGGAGUCAUCAAUCAAGCAGUGUUUACUCAUGCCAUCUGUUUUGAUGACACUCCUUGUCCCACAUUUCUAUAAACAUAAGUUCUCUCUCAGGUAAUUUGAAACUUUCGGGGGAAAAAACUUCAGCGUUGGCGUAGGAGGGAGUGUGUCAGCCUCGACACACCACUCAUGUGCACCCGCCCAGACCCAUCGCCCUUCUCCCCCCCCCCCCCCCGACUGACAGUCCUCCACUGAGAGGUGGCCUGAAUCCGCCCCUGCCGUCUCCGGGCGGCCGUCGGACCCGGCCCGACAGACGAACAGUCGGCCGGCCGGCGGGCGACUGUACGGGAGGGUGCCGAUGAACACGACGGCAGCCGGAGGAACCAUGAACAAGUCCACGCUGCCCGGAUUCGGCGUCGAGAUCAAGGAGGUCCAGUAUGAGAGCUUCCUCGACUGGUUGGUGGCGUUCCGUUCCAUCGAUGAGGCGUGGGCCGCCCAGCCGACCUUCCUGCUCUCCGAGUACGCCUACUAUGUGAUCGCCGUGCUUACACUCUGCCAUGCGUUCUACCUCGGCGGCCGGUGGCCCUACAUGUGGCUGGGCUCUCUCAUCCACGGCCUGGUCAUCGAGAACAUCUCGAUGAACAUCCCCGACAUCGAGAACUACUGGCAGUCACAGACCACCAUCGUCUUUCUCGGCAGGAAGAUGCCGCUACACAUCAUGCUCAUUUACCCCGUGAUGGAGUAUCCCGCCCACUACUGCGUGGCCCACCUCAGACUGCCGCGGUACGCCCAGGCGCUAAUGGCCGGCCUUCUGGAGGUGCUGAUCGACCUGCCGUACGACAUCAUGUGCGUCCGCUUCCUGCACUGGACGUGGCACGACACGGACCCCAACAUCUUCGACCGGCACUACUGGGUGCCGUGGAACUCGUACUACUUCCACCUCUCCUUCGGCGUGUCCUUCUACUUCUUCCUGCAGCUGUGGCGACGCGUGCUCACUGGCGACGACUCGCACGGCCACCACGGAGGGGUGGGUCGUGAGCUGCUCUGCGCGCUGCUGGCCGGCAUCUGCGGUAUGCCAGGCGGCGUGCUCCAAUUCCUGCCGCUCUACCACCCUCUUCACGACAUAUUCGGCGUCCACUCAGAGAAUACGCUGCUGAUGAUCGCUGCGCUGUACGCGCUGAUGGUGUGGAGCGCCGACCGACAAGCGGAGGACGGUUCCCGGCCGCGGUUAGGCCAGAGGAACCGGCCGUACCUGGUGAUGUUCUGUCUGCUGCUCCACUACGCCGUCUACUGGAGCAUGGCCGUGUUCUUCAACCCCGAGGACGAGAUCUCCAUCGGCCUGCACGAGAAGGUCGGCCCCUGCGACGUCUAUCAGGACGUCCACACCGCCUUCGGCAUGACGCUGAAGAAGAGAAAAUAUCUCUGCGCCACCGAUUACGACGAGGGCUACUUCGACUUCCGGUGUCUGCCGGGCGGCCGGGUACCGGCUCACGGUGCGCGCUGGUACACCAUCUGCGGCGUGCCGUUCGCCAACCGCGCCGAGUAUGUCUCCAUGAUCACGGCCAUCACGGUGUUCGCGCUGGGCGUGUUCUAUCAGUGUCUGUUCCGCUCCGGGCCGCAGGUCCAGCCGGCGCGCCAACAAAAGAUGAAACGGUUCUAGGAGAGCGAUAUGAGGGCUCGGUUCGGUCAAUAAUACAUGCUACAUCUGUC